AUGUUUCUGGAAAAUCACUAGAAAUAAAUUAAGUUUAAAGAUGUAUCUUGUAACAGAAUGUAUCAUUGCUUUCUGGUAGUUUAUAAAUGCUACUUUUUUAAUACUGAAACUUUGAAUUUUGAUGUAUUUCUAUGUAAUUUCCCUUGUGUUUCCAGAGGGUGACACACCUGAUGACGUAAAAAGAAUCAAGAUGGAAAACAGUGAAGAACCUCAAAAAAAAGUUUUUAAGGCCCGUAAAACCAUGCGAGCAAGUGACAGGCAACAGCUUGAAAGUGUAUAUAAAGUAAAAGAAGAUUUUUUGAAGACUGCUGAUCUGAAACUGUUAAAUGGAAAACAUGAAAAUGGGGAUUCAGAUAUCAGUUCUCCUUUAUUAAAUUCUGACUGCAUUGAGGAUAGAGAGGUGAAUGGCCUAAAAGACAUAUAUCUUGAUCCUGAAGACAGAAAAAUAGAAUCUGAUGAAAUCGCUGAUGUCAAAAGUCCGGAUAACAAGGAAAACCAGCAUGGUGACUUAACAGCAAAAUGUGAAACUCUUUCUCCUGAAAACAUUGUUUCUGAGCAACAUCAUGAAAAUAGUAGCCCACCCUUGAGCCCUGGAUCUGAAAGUCAAGUACUUGAAUGUAAUAAAGAUAAUGACAUUCAGGAACAGAUCACUAUAAAAGAGGACCUGAAUGAUAAAGAUCUUUGUGUAGCAGAUAUUUUGGAUCAGAAAACCUCAUCAAGUCAGACUGAAGAAGAAAAUAACAAUGACCAAAUGGUAGAACCAGCAGAAACAAAUGAGUUGGCUAUUACCACUGAACUGUCUAUGGAGGAAAAAAAUAAUGCACAGGAAGCUGUUGUAAAAGAGAAAGUUGAUGAGGAAGCAAUAUCUAGUAGUUUGAAUACAAAUAAAAGUUCAACGAAUGAAAUCAAAUCUGCAGAUGUGGUAGAGACUGUGGCUCAAAAAACUGUAGAAGAACCACCAACUGAGAGUAUGUUGGGAAAUGCAGCUAAAAUGGAAACAGAUGAAAUUAUUCCAAUUUUAGAAAAGCUGGCCCCAGCAAAUGCAUUAAAUUGUUUCUCUCAACCCAUCUUGCUCCCUGUAGAGACUCCUAGCUUAUGUUCAGAAGAAAAGGUAGCAAAUUCUUUAAAUUCUCCAUCUAAACGUGAAAGCAAUGAAAGUUUGCCCAAAGAAGCUUUUUUGGUUCUUUCUGAUGAAGAAGAAGUUUGUUGUGAAAAAGAAGCUGUAGUAUUAAUGCCAAACCAUGAAAAUUCUCCAGAAGGUGGAGAAGAAGAAAAAGAAUUGAAUCCCAUAGAAGAAAAGGAGCCCAACAAGGAGGAGGAGAAACCUCCAGAAAAAUGUGAGGCAUCAAGAAGAAAGCGUUCUAAAUCAGAGGAUAUGGAUAGUAUCCAUUCUAAACGCCGGCGGUAUCUGGGAGAUUUUGAAGCAGAAUUUGAAGUAAAAAUUACAACCAAAGGAGAUGUUCAUCAGAAACUUGAAAAGGUCAUCCAUCGUUUUCUAGAAGAGAAAUUUAGUGCCAUGGAGUGUGCUUUGUUUGAUAAAACUCUAGAAGAUUUGAAAACCAGGGUAGAUAAGAUUGAAUGCAAUAAGAGACACAAAACUGUCAUUACAGAAUUACAGGCUAAAAUUGCAAGAUUGACAAAACGUUUUGGAGCAGCUAGAGAGGACUCAAAGAAAAAAACAGAAAUUCCACAGAACACACCCCAUUCCCCAGGAAAAGCAGUGAGUGAUACUGGCAGUGUCAACAGUGUGACAUAUCGAAAUGCUGGCACAGUAAGACAGAUGCUGGAGUCCAAGAGAAAUGUAGGAGACACUUCAUCAACUACUUUUCAGUCCCCUGUGAAUACAGUGUCUGCUGCUUCUCUUGCUACUCCACAGACACCAGUCAGUGGACAUCAGAAGCCCCAAACACCAGUUACUUCUGCAUCCCUCACAUCUGGCUCUUUGACAACACCUGUUCUUCCCACAGCUAAUACUGCAACAGUAGUUGGUACCAGCCAGGUGGCUGGUGGGAACACACAGCCAAUGUCUGUUUCACUUCAGUCUUUGCCAGUAAUCCUGCAUGUACCUGUUGCAAUGUCCUCUCAGCCUCAGAUCCUACAAGGUCACACAGGAACCUUGGUUACCAAUCAGCAAUCUGGCAGUGUUGAAUUUAUACCUGUCCAAAGCCAAUCAAAUGUUGGUAAUCUAACCAAAACUCCUUUGUCUCUAUCAUCAACUAAUUCAGCAAAACCAAACAAUAACCCUUCAGUGUCCAGUUCAAGCAUUCAGAGGAACUCUCCAGCUAGUGUUGGCUGUUCAAUAGGGACAACCCUUGCAGUGCAAGCUGUUACAACAGCACAUCCUAUUGCACAAGCCACAAGGACUACUUUGGCUACUGUGAGUACUUCAGGAAUAUAUACUCCUCCCAUCAAUAGGAACCCCAUACAGAUGAAGAUUCCUAUAUCGGCCUUCAAUAAUUCAGUUCCUUCUGAAGUGAAUACUACAACACCGAGAGUUGAGAAUCAAACAUCCAGAUUGUUACCACCUCCACCACCAGCAGCAGAUAAUAUAGCAAAUAAGAAAGCACCUGAAGUACCAUCACAGAUUGGAAAGGUUACAGGAGGUAUUGCAGCUGGAGUAAUUGAUCUCACACUAGAUGAUGAAGAUGAUGGUUCUUCUCAAGAUGGCAAGAAGCAGAACCAGAACCAAUCUAGCAAUUCUGGAAUGGGCCUAUCAGCCCCAUCUGUUGCUCGCCCCUUACAUCCAGUACAGACAACCCCUCUCCAACAAGCUGGUGUGCCAACAAGUGGCCUGUCACAAGCCACCAUACAUGUUCUCCCCACAGCCCAGACAACUGUGAAUGUAACACAUCGCCCAGUGACUCAGGCUACAGCUAGGCUCCCAGUACCAAGAGCUGCUAACCAUCAAGUAGUCUACACUACUCUUCCUGCACCAUCAGGACAGAAUCCCAUGAGAACCACUGUUAUGCCGAAUUCUGGUUUAAGGCAGCUCAACCCACAAAAUUCAGGUGUAACCAUGCGAAUGCCUCAAACAACAGCUUAUGUUGUAAACAGUGGGUUAACUUUAGGAUCUGGUGGACCUCAACUCACAGUACAUCAUCGGCCUCCUCCAGUACAUUCAGAGCCAUUGCGGCCUGUGCAUCCAGCCCCUCUGCCAGAGGCCCAGCAGCCCUCCCGAUUGCCUCCAGAAGCUGCCAGCCAUUCUUUGCCUCAGAAGCCACACCUGAAGCUAGCCCGAGUGCAAAGUCAAAAUGGCAUUGUUCUUUCUUGGAGUGUUUUGGAAGUGGACCGGAGCUGUGCCAGUGUGGAUAGCUAUCACCUAUAUGCAUACCAUGAGGACCCAAGUGCCACUGUACCUUCUCAGUGGAAAAAGAUUGGGGAAGUAAAAGCCCUUCCUCUGCCUAUGGCAUGCACACUUACUCAGUUUGUGUCUGGCAGCAAAUAUUACUUUGCUGUGCGUGCUAAAGACAUCUAUGGACGCUUUGGACCCUUCUGUGACCCCCAGUCAACAGAUGUGAUUGCUUCCCAAAGCAGUUAAACUUAAGACAUUGAAAGCUUCCAUUCUUGCCCCAUGGCUGUGGCUUGCUCUAGUUUGAGUUUGUUCUCAUGCAUGAAACUCAUUGUAAAAUCUCCUCUAUAGAAUUAUUUUGGACAGCUCUUUCAUACACUACAAAACUUACAACCAAAACGGAAAUAAAUUCAUAACCUCCAUCAAGAGAGCUUGUAUUUCUGAUGAAAUAGUCUCCUCCCCUUUACUUACAAGCCACUGUACCUAGUAAAUAGUGAGUUAACAAAGUCUUGGGAAUUUGGCUGACAUGUUUCACAUGGUCCACUAGUAAUAUCAGACAUUGACACAAGUGCAAAGUAUAACAAUCAGGUUAGGUGGGAAGCCUGGAUUCAGGGUUGUGCUUAGUCCUAGAAGAGUGACCUGUUGUACUUUACAAGACAUCUAAUCUACUUCCUAAAGGGCAAAGGAACUUAUCCACAAUCAGUUUUCGAGUCCUUGUACAUGGGUCUGCUUAUUGGAAUGAAAAAGUUCCAGGCAGGCUUGCAAUCUAUUUGUCACCAUAACUUGGUAGUAUUUUUAAGCCCACACUAAAGCUAGGUUUCUAGAAAACUUCAUUUGCAUUUUCAAUAGCUUCCUGGUUCUCUUUUUAUGACCUUUCUCUUAAAAUUUUUUAUUUGUGCCUUAAACAAUAAUUUCAAAAUAAAUGCAGUCACACUGUG